CAAACACUGCAGCCGAGAAUGAGUACAAACGAAAAAAAGGACCCAAAAAGCGAUGGUAAAGACAAGGCUGGUGUCAAGCUAUAUCAGCAAAUGGCCAGCAUAAAAUCCUAUGCUUCUGCCACUAUCAUCUCUGAUCCGCAAAUAGGCACUCUUCAAGUAUCCAUGAUUACUUCAUACAGAGACUUUGAUCGCAAAUGCAAGCGCAAGAUGCUAAGCAAUCUGACUGUCCAAGUGAUUCAGGAAAGCAGUGUUCAAUCUGGAUUGACUGAUUUCAAGGUUAUUGCUAGACAUUUGCCUACAGAUCUUGGAGAUACUGAGAUUGUAUCGGUUUCCCCCUCUGGAAAGGUUCAACUCACUAGUCGCACUGUCGAUAAAAAACGAUUUCUCGAGAUCACCACUUUGGGCUCAUUCCGGACCAUCGAGGUAACUAAAAAACACGGCGACUUUUUUGCUGAUGGUACCUUUGGCAGAGUCAGUUGGUCGGCUGAUGAAACCAAGUUUGUCUAUGUCAGCGAUCGCGAAACUCCUGAUAAUGAUUCGAAAUACGUCGAGUCCAUGGAUCUUGGUGAAGGAUUUACUGGAAAACUUAAACCAACUUUGGUUUUUGUCGAUCUUGCUGGAGAUGAACCCAAAGUGACUCCACUUUGUCUGGAUUUGCAAGCUUCCCAGGCUAUCAUGCUGCCUGCUGGUGACAAAAUUAUCUUCAACGGAAUUGAAGAUUCUCCAUUGCCAUUUGGAAUUUUGUACUGUUACAAUCGUCGCACUGCCAUUUACUCUGUUUCUGUCGAUGGAACCGGUCUUGAGCGACUGUCUGCGGAAUCUGGAGUCAAUGGACGUUAUCCACAAUUGACUCCUGACGGAUCUGCAUUUGUAUAUCUUUCACACAAGGUAGGAGGUGCUCAUAGCGCAUGCAAUACUCUUGUUUUACACAAGCUCAAAAGCAAAGAAUCCAGCACUCUUGUUCAGCUUGUCAAGGCUGUAUGCAAGCCUACUGAAUUUCCUGGUCUUUUUGUUGACCAUCUGAUUGAAAGACCAUGGGUGAACAUUGCUUCAGGACUAUUUGCAAUACUACAAACAUCGUGGCGCUGUCAAGAGACUUUGGUAGCUGUCAAUGCAUCUACCGGCCAAGUUCAUCGUAUUACCUCGCUACUUCCUGAAUCGUAUUAUUCAUAUGUUCUUCGCAGCGUGACGAUCGAUGGUUGGAUUUUAGCGACUCGCUCCUUGGCCAACGAACCUCAUAAACUUGUUCUUGGAAAGUUUGAAGAACCUGGCAAAACAAUCAACUGGACCAUUAUUGAUGAGCCUGAUCUUCCAACUGAUGUUUCCGAGGGGCUGAAAAACAUCAAUCUUACUGUUUCAACUGUUCCUGGAUGUGGACCAAAUGUACAAGUAUUGAUGCUGAUGCCAACAAAGGCGCGUCAUCCCCAGUUGCAAGAUACUGAUGGUGGUGCACCAUUAGUUGUUAUGCCUCAUGGUGGACCUCAUGGUGUUAUUUCUACAGGGUAUUCGCUCUACUUGUCCUUGCUGGUAUCAUUUGGGUUUGCUGUUGCACAGGUCAAUUAUAGUGGAUCUACUGGAUAUGGCGAUGAUUUUGUUCAAGAUGUGGUGGGUCGAAUUGGCGAGCUAGAUUUGGCAGAUGUGAAUGCUGCUGCAUACUGGGCCUCUACUCUUCCUGGUAUCAACAAAAAAAAAGUAUCCCUUUUUGGUGGAUCUCAUGGCGGCUUCAUCACUGCUCAUUUGCUUGGAUUUGAGCCAGACUUUUACAAGGCUGGAGUCCUUCGUAAUCCAGUGAUCAAUAUUGGCGCCAUGGUCGCCACAACAGAUAUAUCUGACUGGUGUUUUGCAGAGGCUGGAUUGGCAUUUGAUCAAUCCAAGCCGCAUUUGGUCACACCUCAAGAAUACGAGUUUAUGUUUCGUCACUCUCCUGCCUCGGUUGUACAUAAAAUCAAGUCUCCUGUUUUACUUAUGCUGGGUGCCGGUGAUCGCCGUGUUCCGCCCUCUGAAGGAUUGCGAUGGUCGCAAUAUCUUCGUGGUGCUGGCAAGGACAUUAGUGUCAUCAUGUUCCCUUCUGUUGGACAUGCUUUGGAUAGCUUUGAAGCUGAACGAUAUGGCUUUGAUGCAUAUUGGUCUUUUCUUCUCAAGCACUUUGGUCAGCCUGCUAAACCCAUCGAUGCCUGAAUCUGGUCAUUUAUUUUUUAAAAGACUCUGUUUAGUCGACCUAAAAAUGAAUUGUCGAAAGUUGUACAAC